CAGGCCAACCAAACUGAACGCACGCCUACUCAGUCUCCCGUUCCCGCGCGCGCCGGCGGCCGGAAUUUCUCGGUUCUCACUCACCAUGGCAGCAAUGCCAGGCCACGCCUACCUCCGCAUCCUCCUGCUCUGCCUCGUCCUCCCAUUCCGCCUCCCGCGCCACGCCGCCGCGCAGCAGGUCGACGAGCAGCAGGUCCUGCUCCGGAUCAAGGCCGCCUGGGGCUCCCCGCCGGCGCUCGCGUCAUGGUCCUCCAACGCCUCCUCGCACUGCACCGGCUGGACCUUCGUCUCCUGCGACGGCGCCGGCCGGGUGAGCUCCCUCUCCCUCCCGAACGUCGCCGUCUCCGGCCCCGUCCCCGACGCGAUCGGCGAGCUGGCGAGCCUCGCCACGCUCAACCUCCAAAACACCACCGUCACCGGCGGCUUCCCGUCCUUCCUCUACAACCUCACCGCCCUCACCUACCUCGACCUCUCAUCGAACAACCUCGCGGGCGACCUCCCCGCCGACAUCGGCCGCCUCGGCAAGAACCUCACGCACCUCGCCCUCGACAACAACUUCUUCACCGGCACGGUGCCGCCCACGCUGUCGCAACUCAAGAACCUGACGGUCCUCGCCCUCAACAGCAACCAGCUCACCGGCACCGUCCCCACGGAGCUCGGCGAGCUGACGCGGCUCCAGACGCUCAAGCUCGAGCUGAAUAACUUCAGUCCGGGCAAGCUGCCCGACUCGUUCAAGAACCUGACGAAGCUGGCCACCCUCUGGCUCGCGAGCUCCGGCCUCACCGGCGAGUUCCCGGGUUACGUCACGGGGAUGUCCGAGAUGGUCUGGCUCGACCUGUCCAACAACUCCUUCAACGGGAGCAUCCCCCCGGCCAUCUGGAACCUCCCCAAGCUGCAGACGUUGUACCUGUACUCCAACUACCUCGCCGGCGACCUCGCCAUCGACGGGGCGAUCGGGGCGGCGGGGCUGGAACAGAUCGACGUCUCCUUCAACGACCUCACCGGAGCCAUCCCGGAAGAGUUCGGUAAUCUGACGAAGCUCGUGCAUCUGAACUUGAACACCAACAGCUUCUCCGGCGAGAUACCCGCGAGCCUCGCGCGGCUGCCGUCGUUGGUGUUCCUGUGGCUGUUCGACAACAAGCUCACCGGACCCCUCCCGGCGGAGCUCGGGAUGCACUCGCCCGUGCUGAGGGACAUCCAGGUCGACGACAACGACCUCUCCGGCCCGAUACCGGCCGGAGUCUGCCAGAACCGCGGGCUGUGGAUCAUCUCCGCCUCCAACAACAGCCUCAACGGCUCCAUCCCGGCGAGCCUCGCCAGCUGCCCCGCGCUCAUAAGCCUUCAGCUCCAGGACAACCAGCUCUCCGGCGAGGUGCCGGCCGCGCUGUGGACGGAGACCAAGCUCAUGACUCUGCUUUUGCAGAACAACGGUGGGCUCACAGGGACCCUGCCCCAGACUCUGUUCUGGAACUUGACGAAGCUGUACAUCUCCAACAACAGGUUCAGUGGGCCUCUCCCGGCGGCAGGAGCCCGGCUGCAGAGGUUCUACGCGGGGAACAACAGGUUCUCCGGAGAGAUACCCUCGGUGCUUCCUGCGGGGAUGCCUCUGCUGCAGGAGUUCGACCUGUCGGCGAACCAGCUGUCGGGCGCGAUCCCGGACAGCGUCGUGACGCUCCGUGGCCUGACGCAGAUGAACUUCAGCAGCAACCAGCUCACCGGCGAGAUACCGGCGGCGUUGGGCUCCAUGCCGGUGCUCACCCUGCUCGACCUCUCCUCGAACCAGCUCUCCGGCAGCAUCCCGGCGUCGCUGGGGAAUAUGAGGGUGAACCAGCUGAACCUCUCGUCAAACCGGCUCACCGGCGAGAUACCGGCGGCGCUCGCCAUCUCCGCGUACGACGGGAGCUUCCUGGGCAACCCCGCGCUCUGCACGGCCGCGUCUUCAUCAGAGAACCUCGCCGGCGUGAGCUCGUGCGCAGCCAGGUCAUCCGACAAGGUAUCACCGGGCCUCCGCGCGGGCCUUCUCGCUGCCGGCGCCGCGCUUCUCGUCGCCAUCGUCGCACUCGCCUUCUUCGUCAUUCGCGACGCCAAGAGACGUAAGCGGCUCGCGCCGGCCGUGGAGGCUUGGAAGCUGACCGCUUUCCAGGCGCUGGACUUCGGGGAGACCGCCGUGCUGCGCGGGCUCGCCGACGAUAACCUGAUCGGCAAAGGCGGGUCUGGGCGCGUGUACGGCGUGGAGUGCCCCAGCCGCACCGGCGGCGGCACCGCCACCAUGGUAGCCGUGAAGCGCAUAUGGACUGGCGGGAAGGUGGAGAAGAAUCUGGAGCGUGAGUUCGACUCGGAGGUGAACGUCCUUGGUCACGUCCGGCACACCAACAUCGUGAAGCUCCUCUGCUGCCUCUCCCGCGCCGAGACCAAGCUCCUCGUCUACGAGUACAUGGGCAACGGUAGCCUGGACCGGUGGCUCCACGGCCACAGGUGGGCGGCCGGGAGCGCGGGGGCUGUGGCGAAGGCCCCGUCGUCUGCCCGGCGAGCGCCGCUCGACUGGCCGGCGAGGGUGAGGGUGGCCGUGGGCGCGGCGCGGGGGCUGAGCUACAUGCACCACGAGUGCUCCCCGCCGGUGGUGCACCGGGACGUCAAGUGCAGCAACAUCCUGCUCGACGCGGAGCUCAACGCCAAGGUCGCCGACUUCGGGCUCGCCAGGAUGCUCGUCCAGGCCGCUGCUGGCACGACGACUGACACCAUGUCCGCCGUCGCCGGAACCUUCGGUUACAUGGCUCCUGAGUGUGCGUACACAAGGAAGGCGAACGAGAAGGUGGACGUGUACAGCUUCGGGGUGGUGCUGCUGGAGCUGGCCACCGGCAGGGAGGCCGGCAACGGCGGCGAGCAUACCUCGCUCGCGGAAUGGGCGUGGCGGCACCUGCAGUCGGGGAAACCCAUCGCCGAUGCGGCGGACAGCUCCAUCGGGGACGCCGGGCGCAGCAACGACUUUGAGGUCGUGUUCAAGCUCGGUGUCAUAUGCACCGGCGCUCAGCCGUCGACGCGGCCAACCAUGAAGGAUGUGCUGCAGAUACUGCUCCGGUGUGAGCAGGCCCACCGGAAAACGGUCGACGAGAAGACGGUUUCUUCAGAGUACGACGCUGCUCCGCUGCUGCCGGUGCGAGGGGGCAGUCGCCGGAAAAGGUUUCCGACGACGACAGCAAGGGCAGCUUCGACAUCGUCUGACGAAAUACGGUAG